AUGGACGUACAAUCCGAAACGUCUCCGCUUGAAAAAGCUGCGUCUUCGAGCGAUAUUAGUGACCAUGAGACCAUGGAUAACUGUAAAAAUCCAUCGCUCCCUUUGGCUCAUUCUGCGCCGCUAAAAUCCAUGUCCACCAGUGCGAUCGACGAGCACGAAAGUUACGAUCUCUUUGGAUGCGGUCCCAACGUCCCUGAGAUCGCUGAAGUCGAAAAAGAAGCUGCACCCAUGGCCAGCACAGCUCCAGUGGAAGAGGGGGGUAUUGGGGAGGUGCCCGUAUUUGUAGAGCCAGUAUCUCCCAAUAACUAUGAUCUUUUUCCAGCAUUGGCAGUAACGGACAAACCACAUAAUGUUGAAACGGUAGCGGACGAGUCGGAGCUUCUCCCGUUAUCAGGAGGAUCUAGUUGCAGUGGUAGCAGUACCGCUACUGGUACUGUAUACGUGGAUGGAUCGUUCCAUGGAGAUGUAUCACUUGCCAACAGUACCAUUAUGCAGGUGGCUCCUGUUGAAAAACAAGAGACUACAUUACCGAUGUACAAGAUGGCAGGCAAUGCAGUAGAUAUUGUAGCAGUAAAGAACACGGACGGGAAGUAUCUUACGACGUCGUGGCACGUGUCAUUCUCGUGGUCACGCUUUCGAACAAGUUAUGCUACUGGUGUGGGUGAUAUGGUGAGGAUUCUAGUGAAUGGUAAAGAGAUGCCUACAAAAAUGGAGCUGCUAGAGCGAGGAAGAUGUACAUUUGUUACGGGUGGCAUGAUUAUUCCACCCGAAGACCUGCUCUUUGCGGAUCUGUCGGAAGAACUUCCGAACCAUGUGCGAUUCGAGCACUUUCAAAAGUAUACAAACACAGUCCGCUAUGUAGACGCAAAGCUGCAUCUCUGGGGACCGAAUGAAUCGGUCGUUGUUGUUGACUUGGAUGGCACAUUGACUAUCAGUGACGUUGAAGGACACAUUCGUACUCUGCGCCUUGGCCAGUACGAUUUCCUGCACGCAGGAACUUGUGACUUCUUCACCAAGUUGCACGAGCUGGGGGUGCGAAUCGUGUACCUCACUGCACGUCCACUUGACUGGGCUACUGCGUCACGGGCACAUUUGGAAAAUGCAGUGCAACAAUCAAUCUCGUUGCCGCCAGGAGUUCUCAUCACGAACUCGACUGGCCUCACUGGUGCACUUUUCACGGAAGUUGUAAACAAGACACCACACCUUUUCAAAAUUCAAGUGCUGAAUGAGCUGCAGCUUACGCUGAUUCAUGCUGGCCGAGUGGUUGAGCAUCCAGUGUUCGUUGCAGGUUUUGGCAAUCGCCCCACCGACAUCGUAGCCUACGAAGAGGUGGGUAUGGACCGUAGUCUUAUCUUCAUGCUAGACCCGUACUCGAACGUGAAAGCCGUGUCCGAUCCACGUCUCUACGAGUCAUACAGUGAUCCUAACGUGCUGCUGUGGCUGCUACCCAAGCUUAAGCACCGUGUACCCAUCGAAAAGGUCGGCCGUAUCGAUGAUUAUACAGUGCGUGAGCUCGUUCUGGCCGAAGACCGCGAACAACUACGAAUGGCCGAGAUACAGGCUCGUCAAUUGCAGGAAGAAGAAUUUGAGCGUGCUCGUCAGGAGACCAAUCAAGCCCGAAAUUACUCUUCAAGAAACGCUUAUCGGCCCAGCAGCAAAAAAUUCUUACGGUAA